UGCGGGACAAACCGAGGGGCGGAAGUAAGAGAAAAGUGAAGAAACUUCUGCAAAUGGCAGUCAACGUCGUCUAAACCUACACGAACAUUGUUGGGUUCCGUUGUUUUAUGUUCGUGACAUAACAAAAUCAGUGAACAGUUGCGUCGUUCGAUCGUCGAUUUUUUUCAACUAGACCAGGUGAAUCCUGAGGGUUUUAUUAACCAGGCAAUAAUAACCAACCCCGUUGACGAUAGUUAAUAACGUGAAAAUAUGGCCAAGUUAAUUGAGGUUUGGCGUGGUGAUAACUCGGUCAUUUUGACGCGUAGACAACUGCCGCUGAUCAUCGACGAAAAUCUCACGAUGAUAAUGGACGUAAAUGGUUUAGGUGCAGUUUGCGACGGUCCACUAGUCAGGGGAAAACAGCUAGAUGAAUUUUCUAGGAAGCUGAACAUGCUCACCAAAGAGGAAGCUAAGGCUUCCUUUGAAGUUACGUGUAAAGACAUGCUCGCUAUUCUGGGACAAGCAGUUCCCUGUGUUGGCUGCAGACGGAGCGUUGAGAGAUUAUUCUACGACUUGAUGAAGUCCGGCCAUCCUGCGCUUGAUCCUCUUGUAAUAACACCCGAUGGUCUUCUAACUAUACGGGAUGAGGUGUUGGAUUCACCUCAACUAUUAUGUACCAUGUUACAAGGGCAUAGCGCACGAUUAAACAGCCUAGUGGAUCGCCAACCUCGUAGUAAAAAAUCACGCAGAUGCGCCCUACACUCUUUAGAGGUGCAACGAAUGCGGCCGCCACCCAGCGCUUGGAGGGACGUUUGGGAAUGUAUGAGAAAUGCUUGCCGACAAGAAGUUGCUCUCGUUGAAAAUGACUCGCUAGAUGUGACGCUUGAUACGUAUUUGCGAAAACACAGAUUCUGUAGCGAAUGUCGUACGAAAGUGCUCCUCGCCUCCUCCCUCCUCACUACUGAAGCUGAUCCCGCCAAAGAGAAAGGUUAUGUACCUGCUUUAUAUGCUGGAAUCAGACGAUGCAUUCCUGAACGACAUGUUCACUUGCAAACUAAUACCGAUUAUAUUAGCAAUUUAAUUGGAAGAGCACAACCUGAGCUGAUGGGCAGAGAGCGUCAUGCUAAAACGUUAGAGAUUGCCCAAGAAGAAGUUCUUACUUGUCUCGGUAUUUGCGUUGCUGAACGAUUGCAUCGUGUCCAUCGACGCCUGAGGGAGGAAGAAACUGUUUGCAAGGUGCUUGCUGCAGUAGCGGUUGAUGCGUUAUCCAGAAAUUUUCAGAUGGCGGUAGAGGUCAAACAAGGAAUUACUCAGUUAGAACUACUUUACGAGGAACUAACAAGAGAGGAACUUGCUAAACAACAACGGCGUGAAAAACUUCGAUUGAAGCGUAAGAAGAAGAAAGAACGUCGUUAUGAAACGGAGGAGAAAGAAAAUACUUGCGAAUGCCCAAAGGAUAAGUACGGGCCUGGAAGAGAACUCUCAUGUCCGUGCGUAGACUCGAAGCCAACGACCCAAAACAUUGACCGACAUAAGUUGCAGGUUUUGGAUCCAAAAAAUAAGGGGCUACCAACGUGCAAGUGUCCAGAUUGCCUUAAGAAGUCUCAAGGCGUGAGCAAAGCGAAACCUCAAACAACAACAUUCCCUAAUAAAAAGUCUUCCAGCGUACAAAAGAGUCCCGAUAAAAAAGGGCCCAUGGAUCUGAAGUCAAUAAGUAAUUCAAGUCCUGAAAUUGUAGGGCACUUAUACGAAGGGUGCAAGCCUUGUCCACACUGCCGGGAGAUUAUGAAACAGGACGAGGAUGGGUACUGGUACUAUCCCAGGGAGUUUUUGGAAGGUAGUUCAAAGGAGGUUAUGGAUGAACUGAUGAAUCAGCAUUCAAACAAUUUGGCUAUGUGGUUGGACAUGAAGAAGCAGUAUACAGAUGCUGUUGCCGCUUUUAGCAACGGUCGCUCUUCCAGCGAACAAUCAUCCCAAGACUGCGGAUAUUCCUCUGAACACAAUGUGAGCAGUUCAUCGCUACCAAGCACACCAGAAGGCUCAGAGGUUGCCUGCAGCGAUAGCUGCUGUAAUCGCGAAGGGGAUUGUCACGAUACAAGACCUUCCGAAAAGCUUGCGCAUUCCAGUUCCAGUAUCUCCCUGUUAAGUGAGCGAGGUGGUGGGCUAACGCUUAUGCAGAUGCUCGAGGAUUCAUACUCUUCGGAGGACGAGAGCAAAGAGAGUUAUAUUCCAGCGGAAGAAGUUCAAGAGUUCAAAUCGCGCAUGUGCCAAGUACUUGAGAAACGUCAAGAAUUGCGGCAAACCCUUAAGAAACGAUUUGCGAUACUUUGUAGCCAUCACCGACCCUUUAAUAUUCCACAUUAAGGAUUCCUAUUGGGUACAGUUACUUAUUAGGAAGUAUUUUCAAUUUCUUGGGGUUCCUUCUUUUCCAUUUUUAUUCUAUUUUACAUUUCUACCUUGAUUUACUGCCAGUGUAGAUACACUCAAAUGCUACUUCUCUGUUUGGUAUAUUUUUUACCAGAAGCAUACACAGUUAUGAAGAAAAGGCCCUUGAAUUAAUAUCGCACGAAUGAUCAUGAUAAUAAUAAUGUCAAAAAUUGUAAUAAUAACAAUGAAUUAUGAAUAAUAAGUAUCGUUGGCAAAUAUUAUGUCACUCAGCUCAUGGAAUAAUAUAUAUUUAUCAAAUUUUGGUGAAAAACAAAAAAUCUGAUAUACAAAAUAUACAUAAUAAAUCUGUAACCAA